ACGCGUUUUGACGACUUUCUAAAAUUCCAUUUGUCCAUACCUGUAGUAGAGUGUACCUUGUCCUGAAAUCUUGAAUAAAUUCAAGCGAAAAUUACUUCAUGCUGGCAUGCUGCUGAAGUGUCAUUCAAGAACUUACAUCUCAGUUUGUGAAGUAUCAAAGCAUCCAGAAUGGAAUCAAAGUCUUCCUUGCAGUUAGCUGAUUUUGAUUGGAGUUUUAAGUACAUUUUGGGGAGCAGCUCACUGUCAACUUUGGAGCUACCUUUUGUCAACCUUGUUUUUCACCUGACCAACGACAAGAAAUCUGCUAGAUCUGUAGCUUCUGAUAUGAAGUCAGUGUCUCUCGAAUUGGACCAGCAAGAACUGAAGUUUUUAAUUCUAAAAUUGGAUAACGCUAACCAUGCUGUAAAAACCUCGUGAUCUGUUGAAACUAAUGAGACUUCCGAUUCUUGGUAAAUCUUAUUGAAACAAUAAUCCUCUCGCAUUAUCGUGCAUGUGAGUUUCUGAUAUAUUAAGGCGCACAAGUCGAUUUUUUUUUGCAAGCUUACUCCCAUGUAACUUAUACACAAGCUCCUACACACAGCUACUUUUCAUUUCAUAUCUCUGCUCCUAAUUUAACCCGAUCAUUGUAAUUAUCUUGUAUUGGGAAAAUCAUGACAGAUAAAAUCUCGAUGGAGGAAUCCAAGAAAAUGAAGGUCUUUGAAGAAAAGGAUUCGGAAGACUUCUUAGAAGAGGAACCAAAACACAUAGAUCUGGGUGCGAGAAAAGACUUGAAAGACUUUUCAUUGGAGGAAUUAAAAGAGAUGGGCGCCGACAUGAGAAAGGACUUGGGAGUUUUGCAGCAAGCUAACAACAGGCGCCGAGAUGUUAUGAAUGCAUUACAUGAAUAUAAUGAGAUUAAAGAUGUUACACAAGCUGUGUUAGGUUGCUUAGCAAACAUAGAGGGCGUGACUGUUAAAGAAAUGCAUAGAAGUUUUGAUUUAGAUGGUAAUGAUCUUUAAUUUUUGUACAAUCGCCAAUAAUUUUGCCGCUUGUCGAAAAUCCUUUUGUUUGUUGAUCACAUAGGCAUAAAUUUUCUCUAUUAAAGUUAUUUGGGUUUUCCACGCAAUGGAAAGUUUAGUCAAUGACCAAACCUCCAACUUGGAGGACCAAAGUUUGAUUACAGAGCCCAUUAUCACGUUA